AUGGUUUUAUGCAAGUCUGAAUAUCUUCAUAUAAUCUCACGUUCCAUACAACAGACAUGGGGUCAUUUUGGUACACGUCGUGAUGUUUCCACCGGUUUUAUAUUGGGUCGCACCACCAACGCCACCAUCAACGAAGCCCUCACCCAAGAGAAUAUGAUUUAUGGUGAUCUGAUACGUGGUCACUUCAUUGAUUCAUAUAAUAAUUUAACACUGAAAACGUUGUCAUCACUGGAGUGGGUCGACAAUCAUUGUCCCAAGGCGAAAUACAUACUGAAAACCGAUGACGAUAUGUUUAUUAAAGUGCCCAAACUAUUGCAAUUCUUGGAUUCGCAUUCGAAAGAUAAACGGGUCAUAUACGGUCGAUUGGCCAAGAAAUGGAAACCCAUAUGGAAUAAGAAAUCGAAAUAUUACAUUUCGACGGGACAAUUUAGUGCCGCCGUGUUUCCCCCCUUCACCACCGGUCCAGCCUAUGUGCUGACAAGUGAUAUUGUCCAUGAGCUGUAUGUGAGAUCGUUGCAUCAGGUCUAUUUAAAAUUGGAAGAUGUCUUUACGACGGGCAUUGUGGCCCAACAGUUGGGCAUUAAACGUGUCCAUGUCAAUGAAUUCCUUAAUCGGCGUAUAGCCUUUAAUCCUUGUAAUAUACGAAAAUCAAUAUCCGUACAUAUGAUUAAGGCAAAUGAACAAUUCGAUUUGUGGAAGAAGCUGCUGGAUCAGACCACAAAAUGUAAAUAGUAUUUUAAUGUUAGGAUAUUUUAAGUUAAUUAAAAAACAAACAUAAAUAUAUAUAUAGCCACCCAC